AUUUGAACAAUACCAUAAAAAUAUAUUCUUUUUUGAGUUUCCUAAUGCAUCAACAAACGCAUCAUCAGAGAAAGGGUAGUCGGUAAGUGACUCUGAGGUAUAUCAAUCCAGAUUGUGUUGUAAUGCACUCUAUAAGACACCAUCUUAGUAGUCCUAAAUCAUGCCAUAAUCAAGACAGAAAUAACGAAACAAACCUUAUUGUUACAAGAGACUACACUCAAUCAAUUGAUUUGCUUAUCAAGUAAUAUGCACAAAUAUCACCCAAGGACAUUUACGCCAAGAAUCAAAAUAAAUAGAACUAGAGCCUCUUUACAAUAAAAUGCUGUGGAUCCACAUACAGUAACUCAAGUUACACUUGAUCAAAACACGUUGGUGUGAUCUGUCUGUGUGACAAACCUUUCUACCUCCUCUCUUUCUUUCAAAGGGGGGGGUGCUUUUCUUCUUCUUUUUUCCUUUUUCUUUAUUUUCUUUAGAAAAUGGACAAUGAUACUGUAUACCCAGUCAUUGUGUCAAUAGAUUUUGGCACAACAUAUUCUGGUUGUUCGUUUGCAUUGAUUGGAAAUGAACAAAUACAAGAUAUUAUUAAAUGGCCUAAAAGCAAUGCGUUUUAUGCCAAGGUACCUACACUACUUUAUUAUCGAGAUAAAAACAACAAGCUGUUGGAUUGGGGAAGAGGAGCAAGGUUAUUGUCUUUACGACCUGAUCAAAAUGGUACAUUAUAUCAAUACUUUAAACUAGCAUUGGUUUCUGAUAUUCCAUUGCCUCCCAACAAGACAGCUGUGGAUGUUAUUUCAGAUUACUUGAGAUUAUUUCAUGAAUAUGUGUGUGAACAAUUAGCACAAGUACAACUAUUGCAAGACUAUACACAAGCACAAUACCGUUAUUGUAUUACAGUACCAGCCAUUUGGUCAGAUGAAUCCAAAUCGUUGAUGCGCGAAUCAGCUAUACAGGCUGGAAUCAUUCACCAUGAGGAUCCAUUGCAUCGACUUGAAUUAAUUAGUGAGCCAGAAGCUGCUGCUGCUUAUUGUGAAAACAAGUAUCAUUCUUGGAAUUUAACAGAUGGAGAUGUGUUUAUGAUUGUGGAUGCAGGUGGAGGCACAGUGGAUUUGAUUACUUAUUUAAUUGAGGAUGCAACACCACCAAGAAAACUUCGAGAAGUGACAAGAGGCCAUGGCGGCAUGUGUGGAAGUGCAUUUAUUGACCAAAACAUGCGAGGACUAAUUGAAUCAAAAAUGAGUAACCCAGCUAUGCCCAGUUGCAUGUUUGAAAUGAUCAUGGACACAUUUGUUGAGAGAAUCAAGCCUGACUUUCGAGGAGAUGAAUUAGAAUAUAGAAUACCAGUACCAGCAGGCGCUUUGCAAUAUGUUCAUUCGCAUUAUUUGGAUAAUGAUAACCAUAUGAUUUUUGGUCUUGAUGAACUCAAUCUAAAGGUAUUUAACCCUGUCCUAGAAAGAGUUGUCAGCCUGGUCAAUGAACAAUUGAGAGAAGCAGAUAGUUAUGUGAGUGCCAUUUUCUUGGUUGGAGGGUUUGGUUGUUCUGAGUAUCUUUAUGAUAUUCUGAAGGCCAAGUUAGAUCCAGACCAAGUAGGCGAGAUUGCUAUGCCUCCUCGGGGUGAAUUAGCCGUGGCUCAUGGGGCUGUCUACCAUUUACUGAAGCCAGAUAUGGUCAGGAGUAAAUUGCUUCGACGCACUUAUGGUGUAAAAUCAAGACUUCCUUUUGAAGAAGGACUUGAUCCAGAAUCAAGUGCCAUUGUGACAAAAGAUGGUAUUAAACGAUGUUCAACUCGGUUUGAUGUGAUUGCCCACAAAGGACAGCGUAUGACACCAGAUGAAAAAAUCAAACGGUCUUACUGGAUAGAGUAUCCCAAGCAUACAGAAGCUGAUUUAUAUGUGACUGAUCAAGAUGAUAUUCCUCGACACAUUACAGAUCAUGCUGUGACCAAAUUAGCAGAGAUUCCUAUCAAAAUGCCCCUUUUACCAGAUGUUAAACCUGGAACACGUAUGGAUGUCACUAUUGAAUUUGUCUUGAGGUCUACAGAGAUCAAGAUGAUUGUCUGUUUAGCAGGAACUAUCAGUGAGCAUGUAUUAUCUGACUGUUGAUUCUAAUAAAGUAUGCUUACAAAAGAAAAA